AGCGGGAGACACUUCGCCGGGGCUGAGGGAAAAAGCGCUUCCCCCUUAGCGGCCAGGGAGAGGGAGGGACAAACACGCGGGUUUCGCCCCUUCGUGCGCCCUGACCCAGCAGCAAGGAGCGGAGGCCGCCGCACGCGUUCCCCCCGUCCCGCACGUUGCCGCCGCGAGAUCGCAAAGGCGGUGCCAACAAGGCAAAAGCCGUAUCACUAUCACCUCCGGGGCUCACACGAUGGGGGGCGAGAAAGCGUGGAGCUCCGGCGGCGCGGGCAGCAGCGCCAGGGCCGCACACUGCGGCAGCGGAAGCGCCCGGGCCGAGAGGACCGCGAGGGGGGAAGGGCCCGAGCCCCGGCUGGAAGGGCCCGGGCAUGUGGGGAGCGCCAGGCCGGGACCGGCACAACGCGAGCCCCGAGCGCGCCCCGCGAGCUCCCGGACUUACAACGGCAUCGUCUCUCCGGCCCCUCCUCCUCCGCCGCCGCCGCCGCCACCACCGCCGCCGCCGCGUCGUCCCCUUCUUCCUCCUCUUCUUCCUCCUCACCCACCGCUGCCGCCUGAGGACCGGUCACUCGUCCCGCGGAGCGGCGGGAGCCGCGACCAUGGCACGGGUCGGGGCCAGGCCCCGGGAGCGGAGGGAGCGGCUGUGCCGGGCCCGGCCGCCGCCGCCGCUUCACUCGCCUCUUCCCCUCCGGCCUUCUAACAUGGCGCCCGGACGCUACCACAGCAACGUCCCGGGGCGGGGGGGGCCUGACGCAGCGCGGCGGACACCCCCGCACGGCGCGCACGCUCGCCCGGCCGCGCGUGCGCAGAGGGAGGCGGGGUCACGGGGCACGCUGGGGAGUGUAGUCGCGGCGGCGGCGGCAGCGGCGCCAGCCCAGCUUUUUCUUGAGUUUCUUUGACAAGGCGUUCCUCAGCUGCCUGGCGUUCCAAAGCCUCCUUUUCUUCAUCUGACAAACCAUAAUUCCGAGGUUCUCCAACUUCCUUGAUGAUCUUUGAUACAUACCACCCUGCUGCUGCCUAGAGUAUGGUACCCCCCCACCCCACCACCCUCCAACGGUGAAGAAGAGAGAAUGAUGGGAGUGGCAUGCAAAUGAGAAAACCCCUCACCAAACCUAGAAAAA